AAAUAUAAAUGAAGUCUAUAAUAGUGGAUCUUGUCUGCUUGAUUCUAAUUUCUUGCUGUAAUGCCAAGUUCAGCAUGUUCGAUCUUGGUAGAACCAGCAAGGAUGUGGAGAAGUACACCAAAGCCGCAAGAUCAGGGCUUCAAAGCUUUAUGACUGAGUUCUACUCACCUCAAAACCAUACUCUUGAUGAUGUAUGCCUUGGAGAAGAGUUUAAAGGUUGGAUGGUCAAGUUUGUAAAUAACUUCAAGCGAUAUAAUGACAUGACCGAUUUUGUUAUUAGCCAAAUAGAAUGCUUGCUUGUCUCCAUAAGAUUGACAGUAGAUUUCUGCCAAGCGUUUGAGUUUGUGUCAGAUGCGGGUAGAGAAUGUCGUAGUAACAGCUGAGGGGUAUAAAUACACACUAAAAAUUAGCUCGAGGAACAGAAAAUAGCUACAUUCAAAAUAUUCUGUAAAAUGAGGAAGACUUCUAAUGGACUGGAAAGAAGAACCCUCAAAGAGGAGGAAUCAUGUAAAGGAGGAGGAUUAAGUUAAUGAUGCCUAAAUCCGGCACCUACAGUUAUGACCUUCGUUCACUUAUCUAUUAACUCCCCUGUCCUUUGCUUUCACUUAAAGCACGUUUGUCAAAGGAGGAACUCAGAAUAAAGCAAAAGGAGUGAAGAAUAGCAAGGAUAUAAUGAAUUCCUUGUAUUUUCGUGGAGGAGAUCUCCUCGUAAAAUUCUUGAAGUAUUCUGUUACGAUUUAAACUGUGAAAUACCAAAGUGCCCUUUGUAGAGAUUAGGCAAAAAGUCUAUGGAUAGAGACCAGUUCUUGCAUUCAGUGUUCGAAGAUAGAUUCAUAAAUAAAGAGCUUGGGUGGGUUUGGAGAGAGCGUGGAGAUAUUCACUUGGAAGCAGAGAGAUUUGAUUAUCGCAUUGUCCUCUCCAUUGCAAACUCCUGUUGAACAGGUAUUUAGCUUGGCAAAGACGAAGUUAUAUCAACCAAUUCUUUAACAAAGCAAUUAAAUUUUGCCGCCAAUAUAGGUUGCAGUU